CCGAAGUUUGAGCGCCACUCUGCUCGUGUUAAAUAUGUCAUCGUUCGGUGGAGAAGCAAACAAAAACUCAAAGGCUUAAUAUACUCUGAAGGACACCACCCCUGUAGGUGUUCCAUCCCUCUGUCUCCAGUCGUUUGAUUUGAUCUGCCAUGCCCUGUGGUUGCUCUCAUAAACAUUCCCUACGUGUCAAUUGAAAGUCCUGUCACUCUUGUGGUGACAGAUGUACAGGAUCUUAGACUCUGCCCGGCAGAAGAGGCGAGAUCGUUUUUGAUGUGAGUGGUGAAGGAGGGAGACAGCGACUGCACCCUCUUAUCUGCUGCUGACCGCUUGCUGUGGAAGUCACUCGGACAAGAUUCGGACAACCAAGUUCCUCCUCCAACCAGUAGAUGGAGGAUGUUUGUCUCAGCCUGCAGUCAGGACGGCUGUCUCUAUAGUCCUGAUGUCUCCAGGCGCAUGCUUCCACUCACUCUUCAUGGUCUGUGUAAAUGUCAGACUAAGGCUCGCUUCACAGAAGCCAAUUCAUUGGAUCCAAUGGUCAAUCGUGUAUGCAUCCUCUCCUCCGCAAUGUUUUCUGUCUGUUCUGUAGUAUAGGCUGAAUCCGGUUCUUCAGUCUUAGGGAUCGUGUGUCUGACUCUGUACUUGGUAUAAUCGAGUGUGUGUGUGUGUUUUUGUUUAGUUUACGAAUCAACACUAGUAUUUUAGUUUAGGAUGUUGAUGUAACUGUGCCUUUAUGUCCACAAAUGGAGUGCGUGUGAUCUUGUCUGUGGCCUUGUCAUUCUUGGCCAUGCUGCAUCCUUCAGGUUUAUCACCAAGGAAGUACACCAGUAUAAAUAUUCUUCAAUAUGUUCUACAGUCUGUUAUCAAGACAGAAAAGUGUCUGCAAUAGGUGUUAAUUGAAUGUUGGCAGUGCUGUGUUGACUGAGUUUCAUAAUUGGUUUUAUCAUGUUUAUUUUUCUCUCAAGUUGGCCCGCCGGUGUGUGUAUUUAUACAGAGAAGUAAAAAUAGUGUAUUUGUCUAAAGUAUUGUACCAGUGUUCAUUCUCUCUGAUAUAAAUAUCAGUUCUUUUGUGUUUUUGUUAAUGGGCUCCCAUCUGGCUGUGCUCUCGCACCACUCAUCUCACAAAGGGCUUUUUAAUCCCCUCGUUCCCUUUUGUCUUGGUCCCUGCCACCUUCAUCCACUUCAAUUCGGGCCCGGUAAAAAAAAAAGACAAUGUCGUCUUUUCGAGUCCAGUUCACAGAAGAAAGCAUCCAGGGGCCACUCAGGCACGUGUGUCCUCAGAGGGGAAGGUGUGGGCUGGAAGAUAACGACCUGAAGCCUGGGCCAGGGCCGGGGCUGGGUCUGCAGCAGCCCUGCUGUGGGGAGUCCAGCAUCUGGAGUUGUGGAGUGGGAUCCUACACACUGAGGAGCUGGCAACAUGGAGAGAUGGCGGUUGAUUAUUGUAGCCUGUCUGGUUGACAGAUAGAGAGAUGGUGAUUGGAUAUUGUAGCCUGUCUGGUUGACAGAUAGAGAGAUGGUGGUUAGAUAUCGUGGGCUGUCUGGUCGACAGAUAGAGAGAUGGUGGUUGGAUAUUGUAGCCUGUCUGGUUGACAGAUAGAAGGAUGGUGGUUAGAUAUCGUGGGCUGUCAGGUCGACGGACAGGUCGACGGUUAGGGAGGAUGAUGGCCAGGGUUCAUUCUGCGUGUGUGAGAUUCUAGAAGUGUUCUUGUGCAAAGGCGGAGAAAGUACUUGUCAAAAGAACAAGGUGCACUGGAAGCCUAGGCUUAAACGUUCUUGACGUUGUCCUCAGCUGUUGUUAGACGAGAGGGAGCGUAAUGGCAGAAACGAGCACAGCGCCCAGCUCUAUGCCUGAGUUGUUCUGCUCCCACGGCUCAGAUGGAAAUUGUUCUGUACACGUUGAGGGUGGACGUUUGUGUUUGAUCAAGAUGAGUUGUUGUUUCCAGGCAGGGCUACAGCUGCAUGCACACCUGCAGUCUUCCAGCUCGAUUCCAAACAGCUCCAUUGCUUACUGUGUAUUAAAAGUCCGGUCAACAUCUUUUCUGAGGAUCUUCCUAGAAGUGUUACUCUUACAUCCCCACCGUUAACUGUCAACAAGCUCUGAGAUCAGCACCUUGCACCAGAUACAUGUGCAAUAUCCAACAUAUUACAAGAGCAAAUGUCAUCGGAGCUAUUAGUAGUGGUGUUAAUUUGCCGGUUGAAAAUUGCAAGUUAUUUAUCCAGUGUAAGCAAAUGUUAUUUUUGGGCAGUUCUCUCAAUGGGGAAGGGGAGGGGAGCAUGCUACUGUGGUCUAAGCCUCUGCUCAGUGCUUUGUAUGUACAUUCCCCUCCCUCCCUCUCUCUCUUACUCCUCCCUCUCCUCUGCCUCUCCCUAUAACAAGCCGAGCACUGCAGUCGCCUGUCCUUUAACAAGGUGGCACUGUUGCGGAGCUGCUGGGUUGAGUGGUCAGAGGCCUCAGGACUGGAGGGCUCUCCAACAGCAGGUGACUUGAGGGACGCGUACCGGGCCAGUGAACACUGGGGGACGGGAUUCUCUGGCUUCUCCCGCUAGCGCUCUAAAUCCUCCGUCGUUAGCCUGCGCCGCAUCCUCCACGCCACGGCUGUUGUCCGCCUCGCUCUCUCUCUCUCUCCUCCCUCCCCCCCCACCGAUGCGUGUGGGCAGAGUGGGAUGGAAGCCCUCGUUGGAAGCCUGUUUGUGGAAAUGCUCUUUGCUGUUGAUAUCGCUGUAGCGCCGGGCUGGUGACAACAACAUGCCGUUAAAAUGGAAAAGUGGUUCCCCGGUCAGCUGGAAAUUCCCAGUGCCAGUGCUUAAGACCUCCAGGUCCUCUCCGCUAUCGCCCGCCUACAUCCACCAACACUCCUUUGUGGUUUGGACGACCCACUCUCUCCUCGCUGCCUCCCCGACUUACCACCUGACGGGAUCCCUCGUGGAGGACGACGACCCUCACAUGAAAGUGUCGCUAGGGUGCGGUGACAUGGGCGUCUCCGCCCACCUGCAGGCCUCCAAGACUGGAAACACCCGCUUCUUCACGAGCAACACCCACAGCUCAGUGGUCCUGCAGGGAUUUGACCAGCUGAGGAUAGAGGGAUUACUAUGUGACGUCACCCUGGUGGCGGGGGACGGCGACGAGGCCUUUCCCGUCCACCGCGCCAUGAUGGCGUCCUCCAGCGACUACUUCAAAGCCAUGUUCACAGGUGGAAUGAAAGAACAGGAUUUAAUGUGCAUCAAACUACACGGCGUGAACCGAAUAGGCUUGAAGAAGAUCAUCGACUUCAUCUACACGGCCAAGCUUUCCCUCAACAUGGAGAACCUGCAGGACACUCUGGAGGCAGCCAGCUUCCUGCAGAUCCUCCCUGUGCUCGACUUCUGCAAGGUCUUCCUCAUAUCCGGGGUGUCUCUGGAUAACUGCGUGGAAGUGGGGCGCAUCGCCAACACGUACAACCUCACCGAGGUGGACAAAUACGUCAACAACUUCAUCCUCAAGAACUUCCCCUCGCUGCUGGGCACGGGGGAGUUCGUCAAGCUGCCCUUCGAGCGGCUGGCCUUCGUCCUGUCCAGCAACAGCCUGAAGCACUGCAGCGAGCUGGACCUGUUCAAGGCGGCGUGCCGCUGGCUGCGCUACGAGGACGGUCGCAUGGACCACGCCCCCAAGCUCAUGAAGAACAUCCGCUUCCCCCUCAUGAACCCACAGGAGCUCAUCAACCACGUGCAGACGGUGGACUUCAUGCGCACGGACAACACCUGCGUCAACCUCCUCCUGGAGGCCAGCAACUACCAGAUGAUGCCCUACAUGCAGCCCGUCAUGCAGUCGGACAGGACGGCCAUCCGCUCGGACAGCGCCCACCUGGUCACGCUGGGCGGCGUGCUGCGCCAGCAGCUGGUGGUGAGCAAGGAGCUGCGCCUGUUCGACGAGAAGGCCCACGAGUGGAAGGCGCUGGCGCCCAUGGACGCGCCGCGCUACCAGCACGGCAUCGCAGUCAUCGGGAACUUCCUGUACGUGGUGGGCGGCCAGAGCAACUACGACACCAAAGGCAAGACGGCGGUGGACACGGUCUUCCGGUAUGACCCGCGCUACAACAAGUGGAUGCAGGUGGCGUGCCUCAACGAGAAGCGCACCUUCUUCCACCUCAGCGCGCUCAAGGGGCACCUGUACGCCGUGGGAGGGCGCAACGCGGCCGGGGAGCUAGCCACUGUGGAGUGCUACAACCCCAGGACAAACGAGUGGACGUACGUCGCCAAGAUGAACGAGCCACAUUAUGGCCACGCGGGGACGGUCUACGGAGGCUACAUGUAUAUUUCAGGUGGAAUCACUCACGACACUUUCCAGAAGGAGCUGAUGUGUUUCGACCCGGACGCAGACAAAUGGACUCAGAAAGCGCCCAUGACAACGGUGCGCGGCCUGCACUGCAUGUGCACGGUCGCCGACCGCCUCUACGUCAUCGGGGGCAACCACUUCCGGGGCACGAGCGACUACGACGACGUGCUGAGCUGCGAGUACUACUCGCCCGCCCUGGACCUGUGGACGCCCAUCGCCGCCAUGCUGCGGGGCCAGAGCGACGUGGGCGUGGCCGUGUUCGAGAACAAGAUCUACGUGGUGGGCGGCUACUCGUGGAACAACCGCUGCAUGGUGGAGAUUGUCCAGAAGUACGACCCGGAGAAGGACGAGUGGCACAAAGUGUUUGACCUCCCCGAGUCGCUGGGCGGGAUCCGGGCCUGCACGCUCACGGUGUUCCCCCCCGAGGACCUCACGGGCUCGCCCUCCAGAGAGUCGCCCCUCUCAGCACCUUGAGGAUCGAGGGGGGGGGGGGGCGGGGCAGGGGGCCACCCUGCUUACACCCCCACAGACCCCCCUCCCCCCCCCACACACUAUAGACAUUGUUUGCACUUCCCUUUUGGACUAAAUCUGUACUGCAUCCCGAAGUACCCCCCCCCUCCUCCUCUCCCAAAGCUGUGCAGAACCCCCCCCCCCCCUCCGUCUCCGUCUCCCUAGUGAUGAAAUCCAUGUACCGAUAUGGUUUGGCAACCUAAUUACAUGUUAAUGUUGCAUAUUUGGUAUAUUUUGGCAGGAAAUACCUUGACUUGAAGAGUGACUUUGCAAUUCAACUUUUCUACCUGAUGUCUCUGGAGUUUUAUGAUGUCCUGUUCCUUUAGACGUUUUACCAGGUGAAGACCAUCGUGUUGGUUACCAUGCUGACUGUCUCUUCUAGUCUAUGCCAGGUCAGGGCCUGCUGACCCCAGGGGGGGUCGCAUCAGGGCACAUGAUCACACGAUCAGCCCCUACCACGUGGUUUUAAACUCAGGGGUUGGCCCACGCCCCCUCUUUCUCUCUCCCUCUUUCACUUUCAGUUGUUUCCUGCUAUUGCUAUGAAACCGUUAACAAAAUGGUGUUUUCUAAAUUUAAUAAACAAGAUUUUGAAAAAAAUAUA